AAUUUUUCGAGCUAUGUCUUGUCUCGCUGUAAAUAUAGUUUUAAUCUAAAAAGGUCUCUUUGAAAUGUCAAGAUAAACAAAUUUUAUGUUCUACUCUUUUAAAAGAUGGAAUGGUGAACAUUAUUAACCUGAGCUAAGUUCCAUUUCCACACUUAGCAUUGCCAGACUUCCAGUUGACGCGCAAGUAAUGAUAUCUACUUUUAAUGAUCUAUAACAUAUUCAAUAUACUCUUGACGAAAGCUAUAAUUAUUAAAUAAGCUGUUUUAUAGAAUAUGCAAGGACCAGAAGGUACACAACUGUUUUCAGCGUUUCCUCCACCGCCAUUAUAUUACAAGCUGUUUACUAAGGAAAAUCUUGAAAAGGUAAAAAAUAGGUUUACAAAAAAGGAAAAAGAGACGCCUUCCGAAAACGGAGAUGAGACAUUAGAAGAAGAUCAAAAACUGGCAGAGGUAUUCAGGGUACCUACGUGUCCUACUUCUGGAACUUAUUUGAUGUUUGGAGAUACUUGGAGGCUCGAAAAUGUCAUACCGUCUUUGCAGGAUUUUGGAAUUACUCAAUUGUAUAAAGGAUUACAGGAUGAAGAAGAUAAAAUAGAAACAGUCGAAUAUAAUCCAAAAACUGGAGUUGUAUAUGGUUAUGGCCAUGUCGGGCUCAAUGCGUUUGGAGAUAGUACCUCUCAAUCCAAAGAUGGUGAAACAAGUCAUGCCAACGAAGGUGAAAACUCCUUACAAAAACAAGAAAAAAACGAAGAAAAAGACAAAGAAAUGGAAAGUGCUGAUCGCCAGGAACCUACUGCUCUUGAGAAGAAUGAUGAAUCUUUGACUAAGUCCGAAGAAAUUUCCAAGCCUGACGAUACAACUAUUAUUCCUCGAAGAGCUUACGAACUUCAUCUACUGUCCACUUCCUUAAUGCUCAACUUUUUAGAACUAUUAGGCAUCAUGAGCAAAGCACCAGAGCAAUUUCCAGAAAAAGUCGAAAAUAUAAGAGUUAUUUUGCUUAAUAUGCAUCACUUAAUCAAUGAGUAUCGGCCUCAUCAAUCACGAGAGUCUUUACUUAUGUUAUUAGAGAAGCAACUCGAACAUGAAGAAUCUCAGUUACGAUCGUUAAAUGAGCAUAAUGCGCAGAUUGAACAUGCUCUGAAAAGACUUCAAUCUUUGGAUUUAGAUGAAGAAGGAAAACAAAAGUUCAUUGCAUCUGUUAUAUCCUCUACUAGUCAAAACGAUUAUGGCUCUAAUAGUAACGACACGAAGGCAACAGGCACUUCUUCAGAACCGAAUGAAGUAGACACUAUAAAAAACGCCAAAAUAGAAGCAGCACUGCGCGAUUUACAGAGUAUUCUUGAGACUUAACAUUGCGUUAGUGGAAAAUUGCUUCGUCCAUGAAAGCAAUUCAUACUACGCUACACUAGAAUUGCAUAGAUGUAAUAAAAUUAAACUAUCUUGAGAA